AUGUGCCUAAACUGCUGGGGCACCGAUCCUUCCCUAGUCCACCCAGAAGGAGCAAGACAACAACAUCCUUCAGAGGUCACGGAACGGCAGCUUGCAAAUCAACGUAUUCAGGAAAUGAAAAACCUAAAGAAAGAGAAAAAAAAAUUAAACAAGCGGUUUUUAAGACCUUCUCCUGUUCCAGAACCAGGACUCCUGAUCCAUCUGAAUGGAGGAAUUGAGGAGGGUGGCAAUGGGCACAACCACAGCAGUUUCUGUGAAGUCCAGCCCAUGACCGUGGAUCAGCUGUCCAGCUGA